AUGCAAUGGGGCGUAUAUGUAUUCUUCGCCACAGCGUUGAUUGCCGCGAGUGUCUAUGCUUUCUUCUUCAUCCACGACACCAAAGGUCUGCGCAUGGAUCAAAUGGACCAGCUCUUCGGCUUCGAGCGGUCGGUCCAAAUUCCGGAAUCACACACGACGGACAACAAGCUUGCAGAUGAUGAGAGCGAGCACAACGAGAAGGUCGCACACUCUCACAUCGAUCGUGUCUGA